CUACUUUCAAGACAUCAACACGACUCUUCCUCCCUCCUCACAGCCCAGUCAGGAUACUUUCCCAGCAAUCUUUUACCCGUCGUCUUCGUAACCAAUCGUCGCCAUGUCUGCCGCCGCCACCCCCAAGAUUAUACUGUACACGAACCAUAACUGCCCUUGGGCUCACCGCGCCCACAUCGCCCUCGCCGAGCUCGGCCUGCCGUUCGAGGAGGAGAUCGUCGACCUCUCGGUGCCGCGCACGCCCGAGUACCUCCGCAUCAACCCGCGCGGACUGGUGCCGUCCAUCUCGUACGACGGCGAGAUCGUCACCGAGUCCGCCAUCGUCGCCCAGUUCCUCGCCGACGCCCACCCGUCCCACCUCGUGCCCGUCGCGGGCUCCAAGGACGCCGCCCUGCGCCGCGCGCGCAUCGCCUUCUUCGUCGACACCUACUUCAGCAAGGCCAACUCCUUGCUCUUCAAGCUGCAGCUCUCAAAGUCCGACGCCGAGGUCGCCGAGGUUGCCGCGACCUUCGUCGACAUCAUCGCCAAGGAGAUCGAGCCGCUGUUGAAGAACGCGGCGCCGUAUUUCGACGGCAGCGACAAGGUUACUUUGGCCGAGGUCCUCACCGGUUCCUUUACGCUGAGGCUCUUUUCCUUCGCCAAGCACGAACUCGUCCCCAAAACCAUCCUGAGCUCCCUCGAGGAGAGGGCGCCGGCCUUCUACAAGUGGGCGCAGGUCGUCAAUGCCACGCCCAGUGUCAACGGCAUUUACAACGAGGAGGUCGUCGUCGAAAAGACGCGGGAAAGAAUCUCUAGCAUGAAGGCCGCCCAGGCCUAAAUGUCCUCCUCGUGGGAUGAUGGUCUUUUCCGCUGCAGGGCUUUCGGAAGCUUAAUCAGUCUCAUCCAUAGCUGGCGUAAAUAAUUACUUUUCAACCCCCC